AUGGCGCGCGAGUACACUCGUCUUCACGAUUUCUACUUACAGAUGCACGAUCUACAACCGCCGGCACCUCACUACUAUACUUACGACUUUAAUGUCCUGUACCUAAUAAUAUUAAGAUGUGUCGAUAUCCUCAGCGGGUCGAACGCGAGCUCGGCGUCGUACGAGUUGACGGUGGGAGCGGGCGCGGGGCCGGGAGCGGGAGCGUGCGAUGACAUGGCAGGAGCGGGAGCGAUUCUCAGCUUACAACCACACGCGCCCCACAACCCACCACCAGAUCCAAGAAAGAGGAAGAAUCAGCAAUAUUGCAGUUCGGAUGGCUACGGGCUGGUCUGCGAGGUACCGAUGUCUGGGCACGCCGCUGUUGUGCCACAAAUCGCUACCACCAACAGAAAACGAAAGCCUUCCUCCUACGGUACUGCCAGCGCUUAUGACGACGAUGGCUCCGAAGAUACUCGUUCAAGAAGCACCGUACCAGAUAAGAGGCAAAACCACAGCGAGAUCGAGAAACGUCGUCGCGAUAAAAUGAAUACAUACAUAUCAGAGUUGAGUUCUAUGGUGCCUAUGUGUGGGGCCAUGGCUAGGAAGUUGGAUAAGCUGACUGUCCUGCGUAUGGCGGUGCAACAUCUUCGUUCAGUCAGAGGAGCGUUAUCAGCCGGCCCGCUGACAGUAAGGCCACGCCCGGCUUUUCUAUCAGAGACGGAAUUAAACGCUCUGGUACUGCAAGCUGCAAGGGACUGUUUUCUGAUGGUCGUAGGCUGCGAUCGAGGACGUCUGCUCUACGUUUCCGCUUCCGUCUCCAGAAUGCUGAAUUACGAUCAGUCGGAGCUAAUCGGUCAGAGUCUGUUCGAUAUGCUUCAUCCAAAAGACGUCGGGAAGGUGAAGGAACAACUAUCAUCAUCGGACCUCAGUCCGCGGGAACGGCUCAUUGAUGCUAAAACCAUGCUGCCGUUGAAACCGGACGUCGUAGCUGAUGCAUCCCGAUUAUGCCCGGGAGCUCGUCGCUCAUUCUUCUGCCGCAUCAAAUGCCGCACUGAACCUAGCCAGGCCAGCCAAUCCAGCCAGUCUGGCCAAGCCUGCCCGCCGUGCCAAAACACACAGCCCAGCGAGGUCAAGGAGGAAGAGCCAAACUCCAAGAUGAAGAAGAAACAGGCUCACGAGAAGAAAUUCUGCGUAGUCCAAUGCACAGGGUAUCUAAAAUCUUGGGCCCCGGCUGAGAUGUCUGACGGGUGCUGCACGGACGCCGGGUCUGAAGAGGAAUCCUGCAAUCUAUCUUGUCUGGUGGCUGUGGGGAGGGCGCUGGCUGAUCUAGCUCAGCAUCCCGACUCCGCCCCACAAACGAGAUACCUUCAGUACAUCUCGAGACAUGCUCCCGAUGGGAAGUUCCUGUUCGUUGAUCAGAGGGUUACCAUAGCUCUGGGUUUUCUGCCCCAAGAGCUUCUUGGCACGAGCAUGUACGAGUAUAUUUUGGCCCCGGAAUUGGGUUCCGUCGCUAGGAUCCACAAAGCGGCGUUACUAAGACGCGAUUCUCUACGCACGCCUCCCUACUGUUUCAGGAAAAAAGACGGCACAUACGUCAGAAUACAGACACAUUUCAAACCCUUCAAGAAUCCAUGGACGAAGGAUGUAGAGAGUCUCGUCGCAAACAACACCGUGGUCGUAGGGAACAGGGUCCAACCGCCGCCCGAUGAUUGCUCACAAUAUGAUAUUUAUAAAAUAAAUGACAUAGACCGACCUCUAUCAGAAGCGGACGUCGAGAUGCAGAGACUGAUAGACUCUCAAGUCGAGUCUCACAAGAUCGGUUCAACCAUCGCUGAGGAAGCUCUAAGAAGAUCUUCAUCAGACUUCUCAGAUCUGACAUCCGAUCUACUCCAAGACGCCGUAUUCAGUCAACAGUCGUCGCUCGUGGACAAUAUCCUCGGCGGAGAGAUGAACUAUUCAAACCAGGUCCGCAACAACGUCCCUCUGAGCGCUGCUGGCGGAAGUUCGCCAUCACCGGAAGCUGAACUCCCUCUCAGCCCAUUACCAGUCUCGCCCCCCCUCCCCCCUCUCGGAUUAGACGGAAAUGGCGAGGCUGCUAUGGCCGUCAUCAUGAGCUUGCUAGAAGCGGACGCCGGCCUUGGCGGACCGGUCAAUAUCUCUGGACUGCCAUGGCCCUUACCUUAG